UUUCUUUUUGCCUUUUUUUUUUGUUUUGCAAAGCACAAACGUUCAUUCUUUAUUUCUUUUCUUUUCAGAAUGAAGCACGUCUAUCAACCACAAUCGACUAUAACCGCAACCACAGAACGAAUACCAACGACUACAUGGGGACCGUUUACGAUCAUUACGAUUGUAUCUCUCGUACUUGUCACUUGUAUCAUACUCAAUUGUCAUAGAAUACGAAGAAGCGUUACCGGGAGACGAGCGGUACAUCAAUCUGGACAGUUUGAAAAAACGCACAAAGAGAUGAAACAAGUAGAUAUCGAGUCCAAUGCCGAUUUUUCUUCAUUUUGUAGCCGAGAUUCACAAAACGUUACUGUGCCAGACACAGUAUACAAUGGAGCGAAAAAUGCUCGACCCGAUUCAGGAUAUAUUCAAGUUACAAGCGUGCAUGCACAGCCUGUCUACGAUUAUGCUACGUCACAACCAUUAAACACAGUUCGUUGACAAAGAAAGAAAAAGAAAAGAAAAGAAAA